GUUCCACUUCUACUCUUCUUGUAUAAGACCAGGGUUUCGCCUCCCCCUCUUUCUCUCUCUCUGCCUGCUAAAGACCAGGAAACGCCGCUUGCUAGGUCUUCCAGAUCUCGACGACGAGUGACAUCGGCCUGCGAUUGUAGACAGUCAUGUCUGCAGGCAGAUACAUGGCCUUUUCCCCAUCGCCCUCCACCGCCCCGCACUCCCCCCAUAUCACCGGCCUACGCUCUGCUGCCACCGCCAUCGUCGAGCAGGAAAAGUAUCUGUCAGAAUUGUUGGCUGAGCGCAACAAACUUGUUCCUUUUAUGCCGGUUCUUCCGCACUGCUACCGUUUGCUGAACCAGGCAGAAAUUUUACGUGUGACCACACUGUUGGGGAAUGCAUCAGUUUUAGAUCAAGGUGGUAUUGAACAUGGUAGCCCCAUGACUACUGGAGGAUUUUUUUCAAAUGGAGCUGCAGCUGAGUUAAAUGGAUGGGCAUCAACUUUUCAACCAGAAAGGUUAGGAAUGAUGCAAUCUCCUUCAGGACAUGGAUGGCUUGGGUCACCUGGUGGCUCUUCUGGUAUCAUUAUUAAAAAAACCAUCAGGGUUGAUAUUCCUGUAGACAAGUACCCUAAUUACAAUUUUGUCGGACGUCUUCUCGGUCCACGGGGAAAUUCUCUCAAACGGGUGGAAGCUAGUACCGAGUGUCGUGUCUUAAUAAGAGGACGUGGUAGCAUCAAAGAUCCAAAUCGGGAGGAAAUGAUGAGAGGGAAGCCCGGCUAUGAGCACUUGAAUGAACCUCUCCACAUCUUAGUAGAUGCAGAAUUGCCAGUGGAAAUCAUUGAUUCUCGUUUGAUACAAGCUCGAGAUAUAUUAGAAGAACUUUUGAAACCCGUGGAUGAGUCGCAGGAUAUGAUCAAGAAGCAGCAGCUACGAGAGCUCGCCAUGCUGAAUGGCACUCUCCGAGACGACAGUUCUCAGAUGUCUGGUUCUGUAUCCCCUUUUCAUAACAGUCUUGGCAUGAAGAGAGCAAAGACAAGAGGGUGAACAAGUUGUCUUCGCAGGUGGAGGUGAUAAUAUUAUGCUUUACAUUGACGGCUAAUGUUCUCCAUUGAAGCUGAUUUCCCAGCUCUCAAAGCCUUUUAUGGCAUAUUUGAGUGAUGGUAUGUGCUCUCAUUAAGUGUCUCUUUUUUGAAUGGUUAAUGCGAUUUGAAUGAUUCCUGAUCACAUAACUUUGUUUAUCUUAGUUAACGAGGUAUUGUUGAGAUUUACUUAAAAAUAUGCAGGGACCAGUUGGAGUUUGUGUUCGUCUGUCAGUUUUGUAUGGAGAGAGUAGGGGUUUGUUUGUAAAGAAGAUUAUUCGGUGUUUGUAUAUGAUGUGAGGUGCUAAUUCCCCACAAGUAAUCUUUCCUUGUUAGGGAUAAAUGUUUGCACCGAAUUUUAUCUUAUUAGAGAUUUGACGAUUGCAUUAUUUA